GAGAAUCUGGUCUUGUGGGGAGACAAGAAGCAUCAGGACAACCCCCUCGCCCUGCAGGAAGCAAAGCCCCCAAGCUGGAUGUUUUCCUCCACAUUUGCAGGAAGAGAUGGAGGACCGGAAGUGAAUUAGAACCCUCUGGGGAAAGAGGACAUGUCUUUGGAGCAGGAGGUAGAGAUGUCAGCCUUGGCGCUCCACAGAGUCAUUGUUGACCUGGACAUGAAGCCAGAAAUCAAGAUGGAAAAGCAGGAACUGGAGCCUGAGAGAGAAGCCUGUCUGGCUGGGCAGACCGAGACUGUAUUGGAGGGGUUGUCUCCCCCACCCCAGCACAUUAAACAGGAAGCUGAGGAGGGCCCGGUGUCGCAGCGGUGGGAAGUGCAAUGGCAGGACUUUCUCAACACAGCCCCAUCUCUUCCCCUGGGCCAGGAGCUCUCCGGGCUGCCCGAGACUGUGCUGCAGCGUGACGCCAAGGCCUCCCCAUCCAUUUUGGAAGGAGCGGUGGCCACAACCGACUGGGCUGAAGCAGAGGAGGUCCCCAGACCUGCUCUGGGGAGCAGGGGCCUUGAGAUGCCAAGUGGAGGGAGCGAGGAGCAAAGCGGGGGCCCCGAGGCCAGUGCUCCUGAAGGCCAGCGCCGGCGUUUCCGGCAGUUCGGCUACGGGGAGGCCGAGGGCCCAUGGGAGGCCUACUGCCAGCUCCGGAAGUUUUGCCACCAGUGGCUGAGGCCGGAGAGGCACACCAAGGAGGAGAUGCUGGAGCUGGUGAUCCUGGAGCAGUUCCUGGCCAUCCUGCCCCCAGAGAUGCUGAGCUGGAUCAGGGAACGGGAUUCAGAGAGCUGCUCCCAUGCGGUCGCCUUGGCGGAGCACUUCCUCCUCAGGCAGCAGGAGGCAAGGAAGCCAGAGCAGCGGGUGGCAGGGAUGAAGCAAGAGGUGGGAGUGAAUUUCCCAGAGGGAAAAGAAACUUCUUUGGAUGAUCCCCUCAGGCAGCUAUACAAGGAGGUCAAGCCAGAGGAGGACGGGAAUGCCAGCAUGGCAGAUGAUGGAGGGCAGAGAGACCACGGUGAGAUGGUGGCAGGGAGAGAAAACUGCCAGGACUUAAAAGAGCCUGUUUUGAACCCAAGUGAGCCAACCAAGGACCAGCCAGAAGCGCCGAAGACCGAACCCGUGGCUUUGCAGAGGAGGGACCCCUACGAAGCCAUCCUCCGGCAGCCAAUCCCCAAAGGGAAGCGGCCGAGCGACAGAUUGUUCCACAGCCUCAACAAACAUCGCCAUGCCCACACCGGCAAGGAGCUCUUUGAAUGCUCCGACUGCGGGAAGGUCUUCAUCUCCAGGGCCGGCUUCAUCAUGCACAUCCGGGUCCACGGCCGGGAGAAGCCCUACGAGUGCUCGGAUUGCGGGAAGCACUUCCGCCGCAGCUCGCACCUCAACAGCCACAGCAAGAUCCACGCGGGGGUGAAGCCCUUCAAGUGCGCGGCCUGCGGGAAGGGCUUCAGCCGCAGCUCCAACCUGGUUUCCCACCAGCGCAUGCACACGGGGGAGAAGCCCUUCGGCUGCGCCUCCUGCAGCAAGCAGUUCUGCGACAAGUCCAGCCUGGUGCGCCACGAGCGGCUCCACACUGGCGACAAGCCCUACAAAUGCGCGGAGUGUGGGAAGAGCUUCAGCCAGAGCCACCACCUCAUCACCCACCAGAGGAGCCACACGGGCGAGAAGCCUUACAAGUGCCUGCUCUGCAGCAAAAGCUUCUGCGACCGGUCCACCUACAUCCGGCACCAGAAGAACCACACGGGGGAGAAGACGUUCAAGUGCUCCGAGUGCGGCGAAGGCUUCAGCCGGAACAAGCACCUCGUCCGGCAUCGGAGCGUCCACACGGCCCGGGAGCUGUACACCUGCUCGGACUGCGGUGAGAGCUUUUCCCGCCGGUCGGGCCUGAAGAUGCACCAGAAAAUCCACACGGGGGAGAAGCCGUACGAGUGCGCUGACUGCGGGAAGAGGUUUAACCGCAGCACCAACCUGAUCAGCCAUCAGCGGAUCCACACUGGGGAGAGGCCGUACGGCUGCCCCGAUUGUGGGAAGAGGUUUAAUCGGAGGACACACCUGGUUAGCCACCAGAGGACCCACGGGCAGAAGAAGGGGAUGCCGGAAGGGCUGGGAGCCGCAGAUGAACUUCCCCCUGCAGAGUUCAAAGCAGCAGCUCUCGUGCCCCCGCCGUUCGUCCCAACCCUGUGA